GCUGCAGCUUGGACAGCAUUUGUGGGUCCUCUCCCGGUCUCAUCAUGGCCAUCUACAUUGCAGUCAUCCUUCUCAGUGUACUUCUGUCAGCAGCUGGGCAGCAGGCCCCGGCGGUCUCCAUUGAGCCCCACAGUGACACCAUUCGGCAGGGGGAGUCAACCAGCUUUCGCUGCCAGGUACUGGGUGGUUCACAGCCUGUGCGUCUAGAGUGGAAACGGACCAACAACCAGCCACUACCAGACAAUGUAAAAAUUGGGCCAGGCGGUUCUGUCCUUACCAUCACUAAUGCUCGUCCCAGCAACCAGGGCCCCUAUCGCUGCAUAGCCACCAAUUCCGCAGGCAAGACACAUAGCACAGCAUCGCUCACCGUGAAGCAUCCUCCCAAGGUCCGGGUGACCCCUGGGGGGGCGGUUAGAGUAAUGGUGGGUGAAGCUGUGAACCUGGAAUGCCAGGCCUCGGGGAGACCCCGCCCAUCUGUCAGCUGGUUCCGCCUGAACCACGACGAUGAGACAGUCCUGAGCAGCUCUGCUAUGACGGACACCCCUGUGGUGAUGCAGGUGGCGUCUGCACGCCUAGAAGACACUGGCGUGUACUUGUGCCGGGCCCAGAGCAGUGAGGGAUCUUCAGAAGCCAGGGUGGAGCUGAGUGUUGAGGGCGGGGCUUCUGAAGCCACACCCCCUGUGGCAUCUGUGGUUCCAGCUGAGUUGGUGGCGGUAGAGGGGCAGAGCGUAACAUUCCACUGCCACGUCAGUGGCUCCCCGACACCCACCAUCUCCUGGUCCAAGUUGCGUGCCCCUCUGCCCUGGCUGCAUAAGGUACAGGGGCGGACCCUGGUUCUGCAGAACGUGGGCCGCCAGGACUCAGGCCAGUACAUCUGCAACGCCACCAAUGCUGCCGGCUUUGUGGAAGCCACAGCCCAGAUGGAGGUGGAAACGCCCCCAUAUACAACCUGCUUGCCUGAACAGCUGCGUGUGCGGGCUGGUGACCCCAUCCACCUGCAGUGCCUGGCCCACGGAACCACCCCCCUGCGUUUCCAUUGGUCCAAGGUGGGGGGCAGCCUCCCAAGGAGAGCAGAGAUACGUGACAGUAGCCUACUGAUUGGCCAGUCACGGACGGCAGAUGCUGGCACAUACAAGUGUGUGGUCACCAAUAAGCACGGCUCCAGCGAGGCCACAGCCAAAGUCACCAUCCGCUAGAAAAAGCUCAGAUCCCACUCUGGACACCCCGUCCAUCGGCUUCUCCCAUGGACCAGUUUGGACCAGCAUGCAGCAGCAGGGACCAGUGGAUCAGAGCUCAGAGCAGAAUAUAAAAUGCAGAACCUUCUGGCCUAGAGCUAAUCCACGUUCUAUUCUCAGAGAUCAAGCUGUCCCCUGAAACACCUGAAAUCACUGAUUAAAUGUUGAUUUUCGUAUGUAAUCUCCUUCUUCCUCAGCUCCACACAAAGCUUCAACACGUAAUUAUUUUGUUUGUUAAAUAACAUGCACAGGCACUGUAUUUAAACUGAAUUACUUUUUUAAAAUCAAGUAUGAAACUGUAUACAUCGGAAUUUGAAUAAAAAAACAUUAACGUU